GCAGGACCGGCGCCCCUGCGGCCCGGGGCGGCGACAUCCCGCUCCUCCCCUUCCGCGAUUGAUACACUUCGCUCCCCCUUUCCCUUUCCCCGUCUUUCUCCGCCCUCCUCCCUUCGACGCAUCAUCAUGUCCUGGGGCUCUGAACUCUGGGACAAGUUCCGCGAGCUGGACCAGGUGACCAAGGAGAACUCCGACUCGGUCAGCAGCUUCGUGGACUUCCUCCGGAAGAAGGCUGCCCUGGACCUGGAAUACUCGCGCGGUCUGCAGAAGCUGACCAAGGCCACCCUAUCGAUGGGCGUCUUCUGCGGGGAGGCUGUAACCAUGACGCCCGGGUCCUCCGGCGGCUCGAGCUCCUUCGGGUCUUUCGGCCUUGGGCAGUCAUCGAGCUCCGGAUCGACCAACCCCAAGUCGCGCAUCACUUCGCGCAUUGACGAAUUCCGCAGCACGACCUCCCUGUCGACCGCGCUGCGGUCCAUGCUGCAGGAGACCUACGAGGCGGCCACCUGCAUCGAAAGCCACUCGAUCACGCUCAAUGACGAGGCUGCCGACCUGAGCGCCAAGCUCCUGAAGGAUAUUGAGGCCCAGCGCAAGUCGAUCAACAAUGAGUAUGACUCCAAGAAGACUGAGCUUCAGAAGAACAUCAAGCAGCUGGAAACCUACCAGAAGAACUACCACUCGGUGGCCAAGGAGGCUGACCGCGCACUCGCUGCCUUCGAAAAGGUGGAAAAGGACCUGAAGUCUUCGAAGUCCGAGCUGGAGAAGGCUACCGCGGCCUACCGUGCUCAAACGGAGAAGCUUCGAAAUGCCGAGGAGUCGUACGCCUUCAUCCUGGAGAAGACCAACCAGCACCAGACCCGACACUACCGCGAGGAGAUCCCCAACAUCAUCAACAGCAUCCAGCAGCUGGAGAUCGACCGGAUCCUGCGCCUGCGCGAGGCCAUCCUCCUCUACUCGGAUUCGUAUCUGCUCCAGGCACCGAAGAUCGUCACUGCCUUCGAGAAUAUUGCCCUGCUGGCCGGGUCCAUCGACGCGGCAUCCGAUUGCCAGAUCUAUAUCGACGCCUUCGCCUCGGGCGGCGCAUACCCGCCGGACAUGGUGUUCGUGCCGCACCGCGUGGGCGCCCCCACGCCGGACUCCUUUGUGGCCUUCUCCUCGAUCGGUGCCGAUCGCCUGGGCCCCGACGCGGCUCCCGGCUCCGGCGGGCCCUCCGGCACGGCGGCAUGCUCUUCGACGGCCGACUUGACCCCGGCCACCAAGCGCUGGAUCGACUUCGCCGACCAUCCCCUUUGGAUGGACCCGGCCUCCGGGAUCGUCACGCCGGAGGAGCAGGCCGACAUCUUGCGUGAUGAGGUGGCCCGCACGCACUUGGAACUGAUCUCGCUGGAGAAGGCCCGCUGGGCCCUGCUUGACCUGCUGGUCGAGUCGUCAAAGCGGGGCGACCCCUCUCCCUCGGUGCCGGUGCCCAAUUCACAUGGCACCCAGUUGCUCUCCUCGCGUCUGGAGGACAUUGAGGAGCAAAUUGACUCCUUCACCACGGAGCUCUACCGGUGCCAGUGCUUCUUGGCGGCGCUGGCUGGGACCCGGCCGCCGGAUGGUCCCAUGAGCCCGGAGGAGCGCCGGCAGCUGACGCUGGCCUCAUCGCAGCACCACCUUCCGGCGGCCUCGGUCCAUGGGCCAGGCACCAGCGACGCGUACCUUCACUCGGCUGCCGCCCACAAGACGGCGGUCAUGGGGUCCGGAUUGCGGGGGCUCCAGGGCACCGGCAACCGGGGCUACAUGACGAUCGCCACGCACUCGACGUCGGGGCAGGCCGGGGCCAUGCACCGGGGGGCCACCACCGGCGGCGGCUACACCGCGGGCGGCCUUGCCGGAGGCGGGGGCCCUGCGCGCGUGGUGGUCUCGGUGGGCUUGAACUCGGGCCACGGAUCUGACGGCGGGACCUCCUUCUCGCCGCCGCCCUCGCCCGGGAACACCGGGGCCUCCUCGCACCACAAGCACUCGAAUUCCGGCGGGCCGCUGCGCGACGUGCUGACCGACCUGCACACCCUCACCCCGGCGGUCCGGGCAUAUGCUGUCAUGAGUUGUGACUUUGUGUUGCCCAACUCGGGCCACAGCUUGUCCGCGGGCUCCGUCUUGGAAAUUGUCAGCCUGUUGGAUGAGAGCGGGGCCGAGCUGCCGGUCGAGCUGCCGAACUUUGAUGUGGCUGCCACCUUCCUGGUGCGCACUGGCUUCCCGGAGAGUUCGGUCGUGCAUCAGAUCCCGGCGUCGGUGGUCCACUGUGUGUGAGGGGAUCGCCCCUUCGCGUGCGCCGUCCUGUGCCUCGCCCUCUCUCUCUCUCUCUCUC